CUUUUGUUAUCAAGGCUGAGGGAUCUUGGUGAUACAAAGCCCCAGAUUGCUAUCAGGUUGCUGUUAUAGAUAUAAAAUGCUUCUUCAUCUGGCAGCACUGGUAAGCUUUGUUCUAGGAGCCACAUCUCUGCCAUUCAGCAACUCAGAGGAUACAGGAAAGCACUGGGUGGUCCUUGUUGCAGGUUCCAAUGGCUGGUACAACUACCGACACCAGGCAGAUGUGUGCCAUGCCUAUCAAAUAGUGAAGAGGAAUGGUAUCCCUGAUGAGCAGAUUGUUGUCAUGAUGUAUGAUGACAUUGCCAAUAACGAAGAAAAUCCUACCAAAGGAAUCAUUAUCAACAGGCCCAAUGGAACUGAUGUGUAUGCUGGAGUUCUGAAGGACUAUACUGGAGAUGAUGUCACCCCUAAAAAUUUUCUGGCUGUCCUGAGUGGUGAUGCUGAAGCUGUCAAAGGGAAAGGAUCAGGAAAAGUCAUCCACAGUGGCCCCAAUGAUCACGUGUUUGUAUACUUUACAGACCACGGAGCACCAGGCCUGUUGGCCUUUCCCAAUGAUGAUCUGCAUGUCAUGGAACUGAACAAGACCAUUCAGCUUAUGUAUGAGAAAAAGACGUACAAAAAGUUGGUGUUUUACAUUGAGGCCUGUGAAUCUGGCUCCAUGAUGAACCACCUGCCCAAUAAUAUUAAUGUAUAUGCAACCACAGCUGCCAACUCCCACGAAUCAUCAUACGCCUGUUACUAUGAUGAGAAACGUGACACUUACCUGGGAGAUCUAUACAGUGUCAGCUGGAUGGAAGAUUCUGAUUUGGAGGACUUGACCAAAGAAACACUACACAAACAGUUUGUUCUGGUGAAGCAGCACACGAACACUAGCCAUGUCAUGCAGUAUGGGAACAGGACAAUAUCACAGAUGAAAGUGAACCAGUUUCAGGGCAAUGGAAAGAUCACUUCCCCACCACUGAAUCUAGAGCCUGUGAAACACAUGGACCUGACUCCCAGUCCUGAUGUACCUCUAGCAAUCCUAAAAAGAAAACUGAUGGCCACAAAUGACAUUCUGCAGGCCAGAGAUAUUGUAAGAGAAAUAAAGACACACCAAGAGGCAAAACUACUGAUAAAAGAGUCUAUGAGGAAAAUUGUAAACAUGGUGACUGAAUCAGAUGAGCUCACAGAAGAGAUUCUGACUGACCAGGUUAUCAUCAACGACAUGCAUUGUUAUAGGGAUGCAGCUGAACACUUCAAAAGACAGUGCUUUAACUGGCACAAUCCUCUGUAUGAAUAUGCUCUGAGACACCUCUAUGCUCUAGUCAAUCUGUGUGAGUCUGGAUAUCCCAUAGAAAGAAUCCACAAGGCAAUGGAUAAAGUUUGUAACAGCUGGAACUGAAUAAACAUACCUGCAAAAACUAACUUAUAAAGGAAGGAAAGAGUGGGUCAGAGGAUGACCUAACCACUAAACUUCAUCUGCUGCCACCAAUCCACUCUAUGCAACCCGAUAAAUCUGCCUUAGCCCUACCUUUAUAGGGUCAAAUCAGACUCGAAGAUUGAGCAAUUAAAGCAUCAAUCAAAACUGUAAAUUACACUACCACUAAUUCUACUAUCCUAGGACUGAGAUGAAUAUACCAGAAGGAAUAAUAUAUAGAGGAGAAGGAAGAAUGUUAGAGAGCAAAGAACAAAAACACAAUCCAAAGAUCAAAACCUAAAUGUUUCAAAUAGUUCUUUAUCAUAGGGAAGUCUGGGAAAAAGCCAUUCUCCUGUGUCACUGGUAAAACAUAUAUACUGAUUUUCAUAACUCCACAUACUUCCCUAAUCAUGAAGCGACCGUUUCAUUUACAGGAUCUUACAGUAGUGAUCACUGUUCUUAGGUGAUGGGCAUCAAGUCUUAGUUUGUAACAUGAUUUUAGCUUUAUUCUUUUAUUUUACAUUUUAGUAUGUUUUAAUCAUUUUUGUUUAUAGCUGCUUUCCGACUGUCUGUUCAGUAAGAAACUAGAAUGUGAAAUAACUCCUCCUAGUCUCUGCUACAGCAGGCAACUGAGACAGAUUCCCUUCUGCAGGAAACUGUGGCCCUGGGUCAAACGUACUUCAUUCAGAUAAAUGUCAUGGGGUUUGGGAUGAGCUGGUGGAAUGGGAUAUUAUGACCAAAUGCUGAACAAACAAUUGAUUUAUUUUAUUACUUUGCAAAGAAUGCCUGGUGUGAACACAUUUUAAAUUAAAACGCAGGAAGGAAUUAAAUAUUUUAUGAUGACCA